AAAACAUGAAUAACCGUGCAUUAGGAAUGUUUAGUAAACGGUCAAACCAGUCGUCCACCGCCACAGCAGACAUGAAGUCAGCUCUGGCCACAGAUGAUUCCGACCAGAGUAUCGUAUCCUCCAGUCAUUUAGGUAAGGUCAGUCCAAAGCCAAGUCCUCCGAGGGCAAACGAAAAGCAAUACCAAGGCGCCUACGUGCGACCCGCCAAUUGAAGUUAUCGACAUCAAUUCCGACGACAAAGGCGAAGAAAGACUCGUCUACGAGACAGAAUUGAGAGUGUCUACAAACGUGUCUUUUCUUCCCGAAGCGGAAUCAGGGCACUCCUCGGUCGACUCAAAAGUCUCAUCAAUUGCAUGUGGUGCGACCUGCCUGAUGCCAGUUGUGCAAGUCGUGUCAGCUCCGAAUUGAAGAUGCUCCGCAUUUACGAACGGUACAUUGCGAACAAAGUCUGCUUUGUCAAUCCCGAACAUGUCGGUGAUGCGUUACUCAAACGAGUCCGGAGUGGUCGCGUCGUCAAGGCUAUUAGGGAGGAAGGCAAAGCAAAUAACGAAGCAGCGCCCUCUCAGCGUCUAGUAGGACAACCUCCUGCCAUAUCGAUGCUGAGAAAGGAGAGACCGGAUCCGGAAAUUAUCGAUACCCUCUUUGAUGAGUGGGAUGCAGUUUCACGCGUUGAGCGAAUGGCCUUGGCGGCGAAUUCGUCUGCUCUUGAUGCAUCAAGAGAUCUAUUGGAUGAAGCACUAGACGCCCACAACGAAGAGCCUAGCCGUGGAGCUCUUGAUACAGUCGAGAAUAAGAAUUUCAGUGUGCAGAAAGAUACCACUGCAGUGGAUUUGGAAUGCCAGGAGGUAACUACAGCCAUCCACAAUGGUGAUCAAGCCGAGAUGCCCAAGCCCGCCUACGGCAGUGGGGGCCUUCUGGCUCCAACAGCAAACACUCUCCUGCCCCAGCAAUGAUCCAUAGUUCACCCUAUUUUGGUAGGCCUUUUUCUGCCUCCAGUACCCACGAGUUCACUGCCAGAGACGAGUCCCUUACUGAAAGCCAGAACCGUGUUUCAACCAGCUUAAGACCAUCUCGUGUCUUACGUGGCCCUAACAAAUUUUUUUUUUUGAAAACGAUUACCGUAUGGCUGUGGGUCUUGUAGAGUCGCAACAGUACCGCAAAAUUCCGUGUGCCCCAG